AUGGCAGAAGUAGCCACUGGUUGCUCAAUGACUACUGCAGGAGACAUCAGACAUGGCAAGGAGAUUCUGGAUAAGGAUCGGUGCGCCAACUUGAACAUUGAAUCAUACUGGCCUAGUCUUUUGGCUAAGCUUUGCCAGAACAGAAACAUCGAUGAUCUCCUCAUGAACGCUGGUGCUGGUGGCUCUGCAGCUGGAGCCACUCAAGAAGCCCCAACAGAGCACAAGAAGAAGGAGGAGGUCAAGGAAGAGAGUGAGGAUGAUAUGGUAUUAUGGUAUUUGGCUUGUUUGACUCGAAAGAAAAGCCUUAGUCCUUUGGGUCAUAAGAAUGGAGUAGGUUAUUCGAUCCCAAGAGAUCUUGUCAUUGAGAUUGUCUCGAGAUUGCCUGUGAAGUCCAUCGCAAGGUUCCGUUGCGUUUCCAAGCGAUGGGCUUCAAUUCUCCUCCAUCGAGACUUCACGGAUCUGUUCCUGAAAAUGUCUUUGGCUCGUCCUCGUCUUUUCUUCAUGGUCAAACUCAAAGGUAAGUUUCUCUUCUUCUCGACACCUCUGCCUCUAAGUCCAGACCAGAACUCGUCGUCUCCUUUGGUUGCCGAUCGUCACAUGAGUUUCUCCUGCGAGUUUUCUUCUGACGGGCCGGGUAAUUCUCCUUCUCGUCCUGUCUGCGGAUGGCUAUGUAGUAAAGAUGAGAAUCCAUUGAUGUGUAACCCUAGCACUGGACAGUGCAUAACUUUACCCAAAGUGACAUCGAUGGGACCUGUGGAUACCUAUUUGGGGUAUGAUCCGGUCGACAAACUAUUCAAGGUAUUGUGCGUGUCCACGGAUGGUUGCCGAGUUUUGACAUUUGGAGAUGGAGAAAUGUCGUGGAGAUUGAUCGAUUCUCCGAUUCCCCAUUACCCUUUACGUAGUAAUGAGAUAUGCAUCAAUGGAGUUUUGUAUUACACAGCUGUAUCAUUGGAAAGGGGCAUGCCUUAUCUGAUAGUUUGCUUUGAUGUUAGGUUUGAAAAGUUCACGUUUCUGAUAGUGAACGAUAAGAUUUGGAAUUCAACUCUGAUCAAUUUCAGUGGAAAGUUGGGCGCAGUUCGCCCUGAUCCGUUGUACUUCUUCACUCGAAGUAGUACAAGUCUUGAACUGGAGGUUCUUGAAGAUGUCGAGAAUCAGAAGUGGUCGAAGCAUAGCCAUGUAUUGCCGCCUUUGUGGAGGGAUAUUGUUGGGGAUCGUACCAAUCUUUACAUUGUUGGGAUGACUGGCACAGGUGAAUUUGUGUUUGCCCCACGCUCUCAACUCAACCCCUACAUUUUCUUAUACAAUGUGGUGAGGAACACUGUCGUAAGAGUAAGAGUCCAAAUCCAAUUAGGAGUUGUAGCUUCUAAGUCUCGCAAGACCUUCACAUUUUUGGACCAUGUUCAAGAUGUGAAGCUUAUGGAAGCGCCUAGUAAGAGCUCAUAA